AUGUUAUCAAACGUUGAGCAGGACAUUUUAAGGAAGAUCGAGGUAGAACGUAACAUCAUUCAAGGUGCGUCUGCCUUAAAGAAGAAAACAGAUAAUGCACAGGUAAUCCAAAAAUGUAAUACUAGUAUUAGAGAAUCGCAGCAAAAUAUUCAGUACCUUGAAGAUACUUUGGGAAGGCUUCAGAUGAGUGAAACACGGCAACAUGCGUCAUCGACUGCCCACCCAGGAUAUGGUCAGUUAACCACUAUAUCACCUAACGAACACAGAUUUUCCAGGUUAGAGCUGGCUAAGUUUGAUUGCCCUUCGAUAUGCCAACGUAAUCAGUAUAUGUUGCAACUGCUAGAAUUCAAGUUGAGUAUAGAAAGACAAUAUCAAGCUGCGAACGACAAGCUAACUAAAUUAUAUCAAAUAGAUGGCGAUCAGCGGAGUAGUUCUGCUGCUCAGGGUGGUGCCUAUAAGUCGAAGCAGAGGAUCCAGUUGUUGACUAAGGCUUUAAAAAAAUAUCAAGCUAUUAAUGUAGAUAUUGAUGGCUAUAGAGACCAUGGUGAUGAUUCCUCUAAUGGUCAACACAAGUUUAGGCGUAAACAGCUAACUGGUGAUUUAACUAUUGGUAUAAGCUCCAUUUCUGAUGUUGAUCAUAUUCAAUCGCCACUGUUUUCUAAGAAACCGGAAACUGUAAUCACAAUCAAAGUUGAUGAUGUAAUGAAGGGUAGUACGAAACCAUCGAAGACGGAUAGAUGGCAUGAUGAAUUCCAUAUACAUGUCGAAAAAGGCAACGAGGUGGAAAUAACAGUUUACGAUAGGAUCAACGAUAGAGUUGUGCCCGUCGCAGUUCUUUGGUUGCUUCUAUCAGACAUUGCAGAGGAAAUCCGGAAAAAAAAGAUAGGACAGACUGGAUCUGCCUGGUAUGAUGUAGGAGAUGUGUUGCCUGAUUCAGAUCCUUACGGUGAUACUUCUGCAGCUCAUUUAGCUAUUGAUGCACUGAACUAUCGUACACGCGUGAAAAGUUCUGCUGAAACAACUAAUGAUCAUUCUACUCCAGUAACAUCUAAUGCGUGGUUUGUUCUUGAACCGGCUGGUCAAAUUCUGUUAACAUUGGGAUUCAAUAAGUCUACUCAAGAUCAGAGGAAAGAUCUGAAAGGCUUACGCCGUCAUGGUGCUAUAGUGAAUAGAAAAGAUGAUAUUUAUGAGAAGCAUGGCCAUCAUUUUGUACAAAAGUCAUUUUAUAACAUAAUGUGCUGUGCAUACUGUGGGGACUUUCUUCGUUACACUGGAUUUCAAUGCCAAGAUUGUAAAUUCUUGUGUCAUAAGAAAUGUUACGGCAAUAUUGUUACAAAGUGCAUAGCAAAGACUAGUACGGAGGUGGACCCAGAUGAAACAAAACUUAACCAUCGUAUUCCUCAUAGAUUUGAACCCACCUCAAAUCGUGGUACUAAGUGGUGUUGCCACUGUGGUUACAUUUUACCAUGGGGUAAGAAAAGUGUACGCAAAUGUACUGAAUGUUCAGUUAUGUGCCAUGCACAAUGUGCACAUUUAGUCCCUGACUUCUGUGGUAUGUCCAUGGAGAUGGCAGCGAAGGUCCUAACUACAAUAAAAAAUACCAAUUUAGGCCACCAGCAAAAGCGGACAUCUUCCCCAACACCAAUACAAGUUAGCGAACCACAGGGAGAUGACUAUGAUGAGUUCCCCGAACGUAUUGAGAGUAAAACUUCUGAAUCUGUACCUGAAAAAUCCGCUUAUAUGCAGGUUGUAAACCCUGAUCCAUUGAACAGACACGCAUAUGAUAGCCAUGUCGUACAAGAUAUGCCUCAGGUUAAAGAUCAGGAAUCACCGACGAUAGCAUUGAAUUCAGAUGAAAAAAUGCAUGAUACCAUUGAGAAGCAAGUUGAUUACAAUAAUGCAGCUGAUGAAGCUUAUCUCAAAUUUACAAAUGCAUCGAUUAGCCAGAAAAAUUCUGCUAAUGACCUGCGCUCUACGUUAGAUCCUGGACCCCCUGUGUCUUCGAAUUACAAUGCAGAUGUUAGAGAAUACGCCGCAUAUGUUAGAGAUAAGGUCAUAAGAGAUGAAGAUUUUGCUUCGACUGAAGACAAUCGUUCAGAAAUCAGCAGACAACACCAGCUUCCUGAACCUAUUGACCCUGCAAUGUUAAAUUUGAAACAAAAUCCAUUUAAUGUUGAGUGUAUGACCGAAGAACCUACCUCACUGAUUGCUACUAAUGAAUUUGAUAACCUUGCAGCGUCCUUAGAUGCCAAAGCGGCUACCGCUCUGGAGGCAUUUGAAGCAUCACAAGGUAUUGUCGAAAAACCUGCCCAGGACACUCGUAUUUCUCCAGUACAAACGACCCCCCAGCAGCGCGUAAGACCAGCCAGUAAUAGGCAGAAGAGGAAAACACCUAAGCGCAGAAAAGUUACAUUGGAUGAUUUCGUAUUGUUAAAAGUUUUAGGUAAGGGUAAUUUUGGCAAAGUCCUCUUGGCCAGAUCCAAAAACACUGAUCGCUUGUGCGCAAUUAAGGUCUUGAAGAAGGAUCACAUCAUUCAGAACCAUGACAUAGAAAGUGCCCGUGCGGAGAAGAAGGUAUUCUUACUCGCAACAAAGGCAAAACAUCCGUUCUUGACAAAUUUGUACUGUUCUUUCCAAACAGAAAACCGCAUAUACUUUGCAAUGGAGUUUGUUGGCGGGGGUGACCUAAUGUGGCAUGUCCAAAAUAAGAGACUCUCAGUACGCAGAGCCAAGUUUUAUGCUGCGGAAGUGUUACUCGCACUCAAAUAUUUCCACGAUAACGGGAUCAUCUACCGUGAUUUGAAGCUAGAAAAUAUAUUGCUAACCCUGGAAGGCCACAUCAAAAUUGCCGACUACGGGUUGUGUAAGGACAAUAUGUGGGAUGGCCAUAGAACGGCCACUUUCUGCGGUACUCCUGAGUUCAUGGCCCCAGAAAUAUUGAAAGAAGAAGCCUACACCAAAGCCGUUGACUGGUGGGCGUUUGGUGUCUUACUAUACCAGAUGUUGUUAUGUCAGUCUCCUUUUUCUGGUGACGAUGAAGAUGAAGUCUUCAACGCCAUCUUAACUGAUGAGCCCUUGUACCCAAUCGAUAUGGCUGGCGAUAUAGUCCAAAUUUUCCAAGGUCUUUUAACGAAAGAUCCAGAAAAAAGACUAGGAAGAGGUGUCCGUGACGCUUUAGAAGUUAUGGAAGAGCCGUUUUUUAGCAACAUCAAUUUUGAUGAUGUUUACCACCUCCGUGUCGAACCACCUUACAUUCCUAAGCUCAAAGCUGCUGAUGACACAUCCUACUUUGAAAAAGAGUUUACCACUGCUCCUCCAAAUUUAACUCCGUUGCCUUCGAUUUUGAGUGCAAGUUUGCAAGAAGAGUUUCGUGGAUUUUCUUUUAUGCCUGAUGAUCUUGUGCUAUGA